AUGAUUAAGAGAUUCAAGAAACUAUUUCAGGGUCAGAGUGAGUUCCAAUCAUUUCUAACUAAAUCUAGUCUGACAAAAGAUAACUUUGUAUACAAACAAGAAGAUGUGGAAAUAUUGGUACCAUUCUUAACUGAUGACCAAAAUAUAAUUGAAUUUUUUUAGGUGUAUCAGGAAGAUAACUGUCAACCUUAUACGAUAAAAAUGAAAAUGCUCAUAACAAUUCAUCAGGUACUCAAUAUCAGUGACGAAUUCGCGUAAUAAUUCAUUAAAAUAAAUUUUGCAUAUUUUAAUAACAGACCUUCACAAAAACCAGAAACCUUUGUGUUUAAGCAGGUGACUAAUGAAGUCUGGUUGCUGGAAAAUCUGUAGAUUCCAUUCCUCCAGUAUUUGUAAAAAUUGGCAUUGAAUGUGUAGGAGAUCAAGAGUUAUCGAAAUCACCACUUUAGAAAACCUAUUCAUUAAUCGAAGUAUCUAAAUCUAGUCUAUUUAAGUCUCGUAGUUGAAUGCUUUAAAUUAGAAAACCUCGUCAAUUAAGGAUUAUCUCUUGUUCCCUAACUGAAAACGUCCCUCUCCAACUUCCCACACGACUUUCUCUUGAAGAAAUUGGCUUGCAAUCUUUAUAGUGAAUUGAGGCAAUUUCAAAGACAAUUGAUUAAUUCUCUCUCUGCUCUAUUGGACACCAACUCUAGGGCCUCAAAUAUUGAGAUAUUUGAGUUCUUCAGAGAAGUGCAAAUGAUAGAGAAGAAGACCAUGUCCUAUUACAUGUUACACAAAUUGUUUGAUCCUGGAAGAAAAUUGAUGCCUCCUUUGUAAUUGAAAAUUGAUCUGAAAAGUGCAAAGCAUCUCGAAUAGUAAGCUUUCAAUGAACAAUUAAAGAUUAAUUAGCAAAAGCAAAUGAGAAGUCAAAGAAAUUCCAGAUCAAAUAGUUUAGAUCAGCAAUAACGAGUCUCCUAAGGCUUUAUUAGUUAAAGGGAGCGCCGCUUUAUGAUGUAUAGCAGAGCAAAGAAGCAAGAUACAAUUCAAGAAGACAUCGAAAUGCCAACAGAGGAGCAACAACCAUCAGAGAAGAAAAAGAUCCCCCAAGUGGUGGACAAUUAAGUCAAUGAUAUUAUUUCAAAACAGUUUGAUCCUGAAGAUAACAACAAUGAUAGCUAGAUUUAAAAAAAAGAAAGUGGUAAUGGGAGUGAAAUCAAUGAGAUUAAUAGUUAAAAGGAAACCAAUGACAUUGUUAAAAAUCAAGAAAGCACAAGCUAAGCAGAUUAGGAUGAAAGUUGA